GCGGAAUUCCAAGAUGGAUGCGCCCAUGCUGUCAACAUCCAACACCGUGUGAAAUAUAAAAGUAAUGUUUUUAAAGACUCUGCGAAACAAAUGGAAACAUUAUAGAUACCGAUUGGUACCAUGGAUUGCAUUCAACCUUAAAGACAGGCGCAUGAGAGCAGUCGCUCCCAGUGAAAGUGAUAAGAUAUUAACCAAUUCACAAGUAGAACAAUUUCUAUUACACUUUUUUGAAAAUCUGGAAAAUGAAAGACUUUCAACAGAGAAUACCUCUGAUUUGUGGAAAUCACAGAAACUCACCGAAGAAGAACAAUUUGUACAAUACAAAAGUAACCUGAGGGUGAUGGAGGAAUGUGUUGGAUUUAUUACAGAAAGAAAACCAAGUUUAAUACCUGGGUGUGGAACAGGUGUGUUUGUGACCAAAGGUGAAAUACCUAAACAAACAGUGGUCUCUAUGUACCCAGGAACAAUAUACAGGGCCGGGGAACCCAUCUUGUUUCAGAGCCUGGCCAAUCCAUUUAUAUUCCGCUGUAUUGAUGCUGUCCUCAUUGAUGGAAAUGAUAAGAAUAUUUCUAAAUACAUUUAUAAGUCGUGUGGUCAGAGAGACAGACAUGGACCUUAUUUGACCUGUGACCUGACCUGGGUAACACGAAACCCAGUCAAUCCAUUGGCUGUUGGCCAGUAUGUUAACAACCAAUCAAAACAAUUCCCUGCUAAUGUGGCCUACCAGGAAUUUGACAUACCUGAGAAGUUCCCCUUUCACCUGCAAAAAUAUAUCCCUAAUAUAAACUACAGCUCAUCCAUACAGGAUUGUCUGGAAGAGCACAGGUUGACAAGAGUUGUGGUUCUUGUGUCAUUGAGGAAGAUUGAAGAAGGGGAAGAACUCUUCUCGAGUUAUUUUACUGUUGUACAUUAAUAUUUUGUUAUUACUGAAAAUAAAACUUUUUACAUAUUUA